AUGCUGGGCGAAGAAGGUGGAUUCCCCGAACCGGUACUCACUAGGAAGGAACUUGGCUACCAUGAGAAAGUCGACAGGGGAGCUUCUCGAUUUGGCUCCUCGGCUGGGUUGAAAGCUCUUGCUAUUCCGACCUUGACGGUUCRAGCACAGUUUGGCAUUGAAUAUGAUGAUUCUCCUUCAGUACAACAAAGCAUCGAGGGGGAAUAUGGACAGGGCUCUCAACCAAGCAAGGCCAUGCCACCUCCAGCCAAACAAUCUCCAACUCGAGCAACCAAGAAGAUUUCCUACCGCCCAGUCUUUCCCACUCUAAAGUUCCUCCGCACAGCUCUACUCGCCGGCCUCCAAGCUCCGUCCAUCAAAUUGAGGRAUACUAUCGACCAGGCCCUCCAACACCUCGAUGAAGGGAGAGUGCUGGAUGAUGAGAAGAAGAAGUACGAGGCAGCGUUGAAGCUUUAUGAGGAGGCUAAUGAGGUUUUUGUGGAUUUUGAGAUUCGUGAACAUGAGAAUAAGGUCAUUCCGGCUUUGACGCCUUUUCGGACGAGGUUGGAGGAGUUGAGAGAGGCGUUUGGGUCUUCUGUUCAGGCCAGUGAGGGGAUGGGUGUGGAGACACCAAUGGAACAUGGGAUGGGUCCUGCCCCAAAAGGUGACAUGGGUCCUCCUCCUGCCGUGAGAAGGGUGAUAUCGACGUCGAGAGAAGGUACACCCUUUGAGAGCCCAUACUACGCCCCGAAGCCUUCUGGAGUCCUUCCUGGCGACCAUCACAACAUCAAUCCCUCGCUAUUUCGGCCCGAGAAAAUCAUAACUUACGGAGACCGGCCCGACGCGGCAGGUCAGAAGGACUGGGACCAUGAGAUGGCGCGAGUGAGGUGGUAUGGAAGGGUGGAGAAGAGCGAGGAAAAGCAAGACACGUUAUGGAACACUCGGGUCACUCUCAAAGGGGACGGCGCGAAUACACUCUGGCGUAUGUUGCGAGCUUCGGAUCCGAUGACGCCGGCUCGACUCCAAAGAUUGAGGUUUAAGGCGAGGCAGAAGAAGAUGAUUACUGAGACGAAGAAGAAGAAGUGGGCGGUGGAUAAUAAGGGUGGAGAGUACUUCGAGGAAUUGAAUCGGCUUGCGGAGGCAAACGUUGCGCGGAUGAUGAUUGCGAAGAAGGAUGAGAGGGAGAGGAGAAAUUCUGCCGAGUCGCCUGUUGCGGAGAAAGAGUCGCCUGUUGUGGAGAAAGAAUCGCCUGUUGCGGAGAAAGAAUCGCCUGUUGCGGAGAGAGACGUGCAGAGGUGCAGUUUCUGUCGGAGGAAUUGUGCGGAGGAGCGGCCGGCUUUAAAGCUGGAGCCUUGUCAAUGGUGUGGCAAGGAAGGGUAUUGUUCGGAGGAUUGUGCCGAUGGGCAUUGGCAGGAGGGGCAUGAGGAUGUGUGUGAUGAGGGCGAGGAAGUGGAUGGCAAUGGUGGGUCGAAAAAGGUUGACAGCUCUUCCGCGAUGGGGACUUGGGGUGAUUUUGGUGUUGAAAAUGCUCCUUGGGGUCCGAGGAGGACUCGACCUUAUAAAGGGGAGAAAGUGCCCCCUUCGCUGAAUGUCAAGAAUGGCGUCCAGAUGAGGGAGGCUGCAUCACGAAGGAAACCUGCCGCGAAGAUCUUCAGGGAGGAUGUUGAGUCUUCCCAUCCUCUUCCAGGAGGACAGCAGUCGGGAAAACGAUUACCCGUCCAUUGCGCUUCCGCUUAUUGUUCAUGGGGGAAUGGUAAAUCACCGGACGAGCGGCAGACAGUCUGUGGGAGGUGUCGAGCGAAGAAGUACUGUACGCAGGCAUGUGCGCAGGCGGAUUGGCAUACGCAUUGGAAGGUUUGCGUGCCGAUUAACGCUUUGCAGGGGACUUGGCUCGAUCUUGCGCACACGGUGUGUGCGACGUGUGGGAAUGCGGAGGGGGAGGGAGAGGAGUUGUUUUUGAUCAAGUGUUGGUUUUGUCGCGCGGCAUGGUAUUGUGGGGUGCAGUGUGAGAUGGAGGACUGGGAUUAUCAUUGGAAGAGGUGCGAUGGGGACAAGGGGGAAGAGGGGGUCAAGAAGGGAGAGGAAAUGAUGGGGAUUGAAGGGCUCAAGAUUGAUGGGGAUGGGAAGGGAGGGGAGAACGUCAAGAAUAGAAGGCGUAGAGAAGGGAGUGAGGCGAAGAUGGAGGAGCAAGAAAUUGAGAGAAUAGAGAAGAGCGUGGAGGAAGAAAAUCAAUCCGCGAUGGAGUGUGCGUACUGCAAGAAACGAAUCGAAGAUGCGAGAGACGCGGGAACCUGCUUCGACUGUGAGAGCGUACACUACUGUUCGGGGGAUUGCGAGGCAGCGCAUUGGGAGGACGGGCAUGAGGAUGAAUGUGGAGCAUUGCAGCUUUCCCGUAUACCAGACGAGAAGAGUCCUCCGUUCCCAGAGCCAGAGAUGACGCGGAAGUCGAAGAGCAAGUCGGAUGAAGUGGAACAAGCGGCGAAGGAGUGUGCGUACUGUGGGGAACAGGAAGGCACCAUGGAGCAGGUGAUUGUCUGUGAGAACUGUGAGAGCGUGUACUAUUGCUCGGUGGACUGCGAGACAUAG